AGAGUAUGAGGAAGCCAGCACUGGUCAAGUGACUCUAAGGAGGGCCAUUUUCCCUUGCUGUCUUUGAAAAUACUUCAUUUUCUUAGCAUUUCAGGAGAUUAUAACAUCCUAUAUUUCAGUUUCUGAGAGCUUUACUGACUGAUUUCUCAUUCAAAACAAUCCUCAUUUCCUAUAUUUCUGAAGAUCUCAAGAUCUGGACUACUGUUGAAGAAAUUCCCAGUAAGGCUCACUUAUAUCUUUAGAGAUGGCAAAUGACUACAAGAAAAUUGUUCUACUAAAAGGAUUAGAGGUCAUCAAUGAUUAUCAUUUUAGAAUUGUUAAGUCCUUACUGAGUAACGAUUUAAAACUUAAUCCAAAAAUGAAAGAAGAGUAUGACAAAAUUCAGAUUGCUGACUUAAUGGAGGAAAAGUUCCCAGGUGAUGCUGGUUUGGGCAAACUAAUAGAAUUCUUCAAAGAAAUACCAACACUGGGAGAUCUUGCUGAAACUCUUAAAAGAGAAAAGUUAAAAGUUGUGAAUAAAAUUGAAUCCAUUCCAGUCAAAGGAAUAACCCCAUCUAAAAAGACGAAACAGAAAGAAGUGGAUCCUGCUACACCUGCAUCCACCCCAAGCAACUGUCUCACAGCUAAAGGAGCAGAGGAGACUCUUGGACCUCAGAAAAGAAAAAAACCAUCUGAAGAAGAGACUGGAACCAAAAGGAGUAAGAUGUCCAAAGAGCAGACUCAGCCUUCCUGCUCUGCAGGAGCCAGCAUGUCCACAGCCAUGGGCCGUUCCCCACCUCCCCAGACUUCAUCAUCAGCUCUACCCAACACUUCCUCAACUGAGGCAUACUUGAUGAACUUGACAUUAUCUCUGACUGCAGGAAGUUUUCUGUCCUGUGUUGUUUGGGGAAGAGACAGAGAGCUGCGGAAUCUGGAACUUUCAGCAAUGGACUCACUGUCUACUGCCCCCAUCUAUUACACACCCAUUCCCUUUGCUCACUAAUUUGUUCAAGUUUCUUUGAUGUACACCAUGCUCCUUUUUCCUUUAGGAUUUUCACACACCAUAUUUCUUUCACCUUAAAACUCUUACCUGGCCAACCCUAUCCACACUCUGGAUCCCAAUAUUGAGAACUUAUCCUCAGGGGAUCCUCACUUAGACCCCUGUAACAGGUUAAAUCUUCAUGGCAUUCUGUUUCCUAGGAACUUCUUUCUUUUCUACUGUUUAUGACAACUGAAGUUAAUAAGUGUUUAUGUUUCCCACCUACUCAAAGUAGUUCCAAGAUUAGGGCUAGUUUGUAAUUCUGUGGACCACUGUAAACCAGGGCCUAGUUCAGUGUCUGCCUCAUGGGAAGCUUCCAAUAAAUACCUUUACUCAAUGAGAAAAUGAAAACCCAGUGGCUCACGCCUGUAAUCCCAGCACUUUGGUAGGCCGAGGUGGGUGGAUUGCCUGAGGUCAGGAGUUUGAGACCAGUCUAGCCAACAUGACGAAACACCAUCUCUACUAAAAAUACAAAAAAAUUAGCUGGGUAUGGUGGCUUGUGCCUAUAAUCCCAGCUACUUGGGAGGCUGAGGCAGAGGAAUUGCUUGAACCAGGGAAGUGGACAUUGCAGUGAGCUGAGAUCGCACCACUGCACUCCAGCCUGGGUGACAGAGCGAGACUCUGUCUCAAAAUAAAAAAGUAAAAAAAAAAAAAAAAGUAAACCAUAUUCUAAGAUAUGAACCACUACAGAUAAGCAAAUGACAAAUAAAGGUCAUCUGACUCAGUCAAAAAUACCUAUUGUGAGGCCAAAAGGUUGUAAAAACAAAGAGAAGUGACGGAAUAGGGAAGAGAGCUCAGGAGUUUGGGAAAAUGUAGGCAGGCAGAAGAUGAUACACAAAGACUUACAAAUAAAAGAAAGUAAAUUACAAUUAAUAAUUGCAUGAUUCUGAUAAUCCUUAUAAUGCUGUACUCAUCUCAAAUUUGGACAGGUCAGCCUUACUAUAUGCAUGUAUCAGCAAUAGCCUAAAAACUAAUUGAAACUCUAAUGAGCUUUAUUAUAAAAAAGAAUGUUCUAUAUUUCUGAUACACAAUAAAGGGGAUCAAUUAUGAUGGGCAGCAAGUGAUGAAACCACAACACCAACCUUAAUUUGCUCUAUUCCCUUUUUUCUUACAUUAGAUUUUGUAUUAAUAUAAGACUAUUUCACAAAAAAGGAAUAAAUGCAGACAAACCAGAUCAAACUUAAUUAACUUUAUGUGAAAUUCCAGCAUCCAUAACAUGCCACAUUUCUCUAUAUACCCUCUCAUAUUUACUCCUAUGUAUACACAUAUUUUUUCUGAAAAUAUCAUCAUGCAAUGUAAUGUCCUAUUAUGUCUCUCUGAGCAGUUAUAUGAUCCCUUUCAUGCAGGUCCUGUAUUCAUGUGGCUCUUUGUGAAGUUGCAUAUCAGUUACUAUUAAUAUUCUCACGGAUGAAUCUACAGUUACUGAUUAACUUGUGUUGGGAAAGGACUUUUCUGUUUUAGGCUGAAUGGGUUGCAUGGAUGAAAAGUCAGAUCAAAUAAAGUCCAAUCACUCAAAGAUGAUCACUGUAUAUGGUAUUCCAGAUCAGACCACUCCAGGAGCUGCUGGUUUGUGAAUGAGGCCUACCUAUUCCUCCAGUGCUUUUUCUUGAAAUUGAACAACUUUCCCUUCAUUAAUGUUUUCUGCUGCAAAUGAAGGAAACCUGGAUGUUAUA